AUGAAGCCUGCACAUCCAGAAUUCGAUUGGUUUGAACACAAUAAGAGUAAAAAGAUUAUGUAUUAUGAUACGGGUGAAAUGCUGGCAGAAUUCGAUGAAGAUGGAAGAGGUCGAUGGUUCUAUAAGAAUGGUAGACUAGCGUUGGACUAUUAUAAUGCCAAAGAAAUGAAUGCUGGGCAGCGCUACGUGGUAUAUAGUAACGGAGAACCUGAUGAAAGACGGCGCGUCCGGCCCAUAACGGUUCUUGCAACGUUUGACUACCUUGGGAAUGGCGUUGUAUUUGAUCAUACUGGUAAAAUCAGGCUCAAGUAUAACCAAACCGAAGGUGUCGUUAUGGAUAGGGAAAUAGGCCCUGUUUCACACUGGAAGUGGCACGAUCUUAAUGACCCUCCUGUCCUGCAAAAAGUAAUGACAGAUACUCAAUUGCCUGUGAAAGAUCCUGAUAUAUUAAAACUUGGUGGAGCUGAAGUUAAUACACCGCGGAGAGAUAAUGAAGAGAUGCUGGCAAUUGAGUUUGAUAAUUUUAUUAAAGAAAAAAGUAAAAAGUUGACACAAAAAUUCAAACCAUUUCAAAUAACAACGAAGGCAUUAAAAAUUAAUGAAAAUUUCUCCUUGAGAGUUUUGGAUCAAGCUACCGUGUAUCUGUUAUUUAGGGAUGGCACCACGAACUUAAAAUUAAAUUUGGGAAUGAUUUUGGAUCACCAAGAAAUUGUGGAUACUGACACAGCUGAUGUUGGAGAAGUUGCUACCAACAUGGAACGAUUCCCUGCCCGCACAGAUAGCUUGGCAAUGCUGCAACGUAUCGUGGCGCAUGCGCAGCAUGUUGAAAAAUUACGAAUAGAACGCGAGCGUCGAUUCAGAUUUACCGAAAAUAAUUCAAGCAUCGAUCGUAUACAUACAGAAACUUUAUCGCGACCUUUACAGGCCCCAAUGGAUUCUGUAGCUGAAAUUGACUGUUUUUGUCAAUUAAAAAAAUCGUCGAUAUUUAAUAUAGGUUCCGAUCUUAUUUAA